AAGGUUUAGAAGAAACUGAAAAAGCAUCAGCAUUAACUUUGAAGGAAAUUUUUCAUAUACUUAAUCAUAAAGCAAUGCAACUUGAUGAUAAUAAAGGUUUGAUGCAACAAGUGUUCUUUUGGCUAUCACUUCUUUGUGGCCUUUGUGGUGAUAAUGCUGAAAGAAUUGCUUUUAAUAAUAUUUUCCGUUAUAAUGAUGAUAGACUUUAUUUAAUCUUUAAUUAUAAGAAAAUAAUCAACGCAAAUAUUAAAACGGAACAAAUAUGGAAAAAAUUUA